CAUUGUGCGUAACUAGCGAAAUCCCGCGAGAUAUUCCUAUUCUCGAAGUCGCUUUAAUCUCGCGGUAUUUCCUCAUUUCCUCCUCUUUCACUCCCUGUGUUCAACAUGGCAGUCGGCAAAAAUAAGAGGCUGACAAAAGGUGGCAAAAAAGGUGCCAAAAAGAAGAUUGUGGAUCCAUUCUCCAAGAAGGACUGGUAUGAUGUCAAAGCACCAGCCAUGUUCAACAUCCGCAACCUGGGCAAGACCUUGGUCACCAGGACUCAGGGAACCAGAAUUGCCUCUGAUGGUCUGAAGGGACGUGUGUUCGAGGUCAGUUUGGCUGAUCUGCAGAACGACGAGGUGGCCUUCCGCAAGUUCAAGCUGGUCACAGAAGACGUCCAGGGCAAGAACUGCCUCACCAACUUCCAUGGCAUGGACCUCACCCGUGACAAGAUGUGCUCUAUGGUCAAGAAGUGGCAGACAAUGAUUGAGGCUCACGUUGAUGUGAAGACCACCGAUGGCUAUCUUCUCCGUCUGUUCUGCGUGGGCUUCACCAAGAAGCGCACCAACCAGAUCAGAAAGACCUCUUACGCUCAGCACCAGCAGGUCCGUCAGAUCCGCAAGAAGAUGAUGGAAAUCAUGACCCGUGAGGUCCAGACCAAUGACCUCAAGGAAGUGGUCAACAAACUGAUUCCUGACAGUGUAGGCAAGGACAUUGAGAAAGCCUGCCAAUCCAUCUACCCUCUACACGAUGUCUACGUCAGGAAGGUUAAGAUGCUGAAAAAGCCCAAGUUUGAGCUUGGUAAGCUGAUGGAGUUGCACGGUGAGGGUGGAACCAGCAGUGCUGCUGCUAAACCUGCAGAGGGCGACACUGGGGCCAAGGUGGAGAGAGCUGACGGAUAUGAGCCCCCCAUUCAGGAGUCUGUCUGAAACUCCCAACACAAACAGCUGGUGUCAAUAAACGUGUAAAUUUGA